AUGGCUGCAGUACCCAAGCAGACAAAAAUUUGGAAAAACGCGUUUAAACGCACAAAAGGAAACCGCGAUUGAUGUCUUAUCACAGUUACUGGCGGCACAGAAACUGGCCAUGCUGGUGGAACAUAUUCACAUUGGAAUGGAUACAAAAUUGAUAUUUCAGUCAAUUCAUGUAUCAACUCAUAUAUUACAAAACAAUUUGCUUAUAUUGGUCAACGAGGCGACGGUGCUGCUCAAUACAAAGCAUCAAGUGGCAAUGUUUAUGCUAAAGAAGGCAAUCAUUGGGAUAUUACAUUCAUUGCUUCAUGUUAA